AGGAAAUCUUUCACACCCACAGCACUCGUUUGUUUUUCAUUUUUUGAGCCCUUCAACUUUUGGUUGGUAGCUUCGUUGAGAAGUCUUUGGGCCUAUGACAGAACAUAAAUUACUUUAUGAUUAGAUUCACACUUUCAAACCUCUCUUUUUCUGUCAUUUUGCUUUGAGACUUUUCAGCAUUCCAAAGACUCUGACUGAGAAGAGGAAGAGCCACAGAGAGAUUCAGAGCUGUUAGUGAGUUUUCUAUUCGCCAUUUCAAGUUGUUUGAAAGAUCAUGGCUAGAAAAUGUGAGGGAUUUGCAGUGGGAAUAGACCUCGGCACAACCUAUUCGUGUGUGGCAGUAUGGCAAGAUCAACAUUGUCGAGUGGAGAUCAUCCACAAUGACCAAGGCAACAACACCACACCUUCUUGUGUUGCUUUCACAGACAAUCAAAGGUUGAUUGGUGAUGCUGCUAAAAAUCAAGCUGUUAUCAAUCCAAGGAACACUAUCUUUGAUGCCAAGAGAUUGAUGGGUAGGAAAUAUAGUGAUCUCACUGUUCAGAAAGAUAAGAUGUUGUGGCCAUUUAAUGUCAUUGCCAGUGUUAAUGACAAACCCAUGAUUGUUGUUGAGUACAAGGGUCAGGAGAAGCACCUUUCAGCUGAAGAAGUAUCAUCUAUGGUCCUCACAAAGAUGCGGGAGAUUGCGGAGGCAUAUCUAGAAAAGCCUGUAAAGAGUGCAGUUGUUACUGUGCCUGCUUAUUUCAAUGAUUCUCAGCGUAAAGCCACUAUAGAUGCUGGUGCUAUUGCUGGCCUGAAUGUUGUGCGGAUAAUCAAUGAACCCACAGCUGCUGCUAUUGCGUAUGGCCUUGACAAGAGAGCUAAUUGUGUUGGAGAACGAAAUAUUUUCAUCUUUGACCUUGGUGGCGGUACGUUUGAUGUGUCUCUGCUCACAAUUGAGGGUAAGGUCUUCCAGGUUAAGGCUACUGCCGGAAACACUCAUCUUGGAGGGGAGGACAUUGAUAACAGGAUGGUGAAUUAUUUUGCAGAGGAGAUGAAAAGGAAGAACAAAGUGGACAUUACUGUGAACCCAAAAGCCCUGAGGAGGUUGAGAAGUGCAUGCGAGAGGGCAAAGAGGACACUCUCAUAUGCUGUUACUGCCAACAUUGAGAUUGAUGCCUUAUUUCAGGGCAUUGACUUCUGUUCUUCCAUUACACGGGCAAGGUUUGAGGAAAUAAAUAUGGAGCUAUUUGAAGAGUGCAUGGAGAUAGUAGAUAGGUGUCUAUCUGAUGCUAAGAUGGAGAAGAGUAGUGUGCAUGAUGUUGUUCUUGUUGGUGGUUCUUCCAGGAUUCCCAAAGUGCAGCAACUAUUGCAAGAAUUUUUCAAUGGGAAGGAAUUGUGCAAGAGCAUCAACCCUGAUGAAGCUGUUGCUUAUGGUGCUGCUGUGCAGGCUGCUUUGUUGAGUGAAGGCAUUAAGAAUGCUCCAGACUUGGUGCUGUUGGAUGUUACACCUCUGUCUCUUGGUGUAGGAACAGUAGGAGACAUCAUGAAUGUAAUAAUUCCUAGGAAUUCUACCAUUCCGAUAAGGAAGACGAAAGGACACGAGACCAUUAUGGAUAAUCAAUCCUCUGUCCUUUUUGAGGUUUAUGAAGGUGAGAGAUCAAGAGCCAGUGAUAACAAUUUGUUAGGUUUUUUUACUCUUUCUGGCCUUCCUCUUGCUCCUCGUGGCCAUCCGGUACAUGUUUGCUUUGAUUUAGAUGAAAAUGGAAUCCUAACUGUUUCAGCUGUUGAGAAAACUACUGGCAACAGGAAUGAGAUUACUAUAACCAAUGAUAAAGAAAGACUUUCAACUAAUGAAAUUAAAAGAAUGAUUCAAGAAGCCAAGGAUUAUGAGGCUGAAGACAAGAAGUUCCUUAGGAAGGCCAAAGCAAUGAAUGGGUUGGAUGAUUACAUUUACAAGAUUAGGAAUGUUUUGAAGAACAAAAAUAUCAAUUCAAAGCUUUGUUCACAAGAAAGAGAGGAGAUCGAUUCUGCAAUUGCUAAGGCCACAAAUUUAGUUGACAGUAAUGACCAGCACGACGAUAUAAAUGUGUUUGAAGAUCAUCUCAAUGAGCUUGUGAGCCUUUUUGACUGCGUUGUGGGCAAGAUUGGUUAAUUGUUUUCUAGUUGAGAUUUAUGUGUGAUAAAAGCAUAUCAUAUCUUAAAAUAGUUGGAAGUUUGACAAAUUUGUCCUGAUGUUUAUAUCGUUGUUGUGCCUUACUUGAGCACUAAGCAUAAGCAUAAAUAUGAGUGAGAAAGCAAGACUAUUCAAAGGUAAUAGGUUUAUGUUAUUCCUUCUCUCUCUCAUGUUUUAAAAGUAAGAAUACUUUAUCUUU